AUGCAUGGUCAACAAGGAGUUUCUGGCGGGGUUAUUGAAGGGAGCGUGAGCCAUGGUUUUGUGGGCGGAUAUGUUUGCUUUCUCAAUGUAUUUGUCGGGCACAAUGCGUUGCAUAUAUGGUUUACGGGAAGAAAUUCGAUCAUGAUCACCACACCUGCUACCUUGGCCUGCUACCUUGGUUCUGUCUACCGUCUUCAGGUCUUCAGGCAAAGCCUGCCCAGAUUGUUGAGGACAUUGAAUGGUCGCCAGAAGCACGAAGCCAUCUAUUCUUCGCAGCACACACGAGAAAGCUCUCUGUCCUUUCGCACCCUCGGACCCUCUCACGGCAUUCCUCUCUCACGCAUGUCUGACCGACCAUCCCUCUUUCUUCUUGUUCGCCGCUCGACAUUUGACCAUAAGAGAGCCGGGCUAUCUAUCUCUAGCGGUGGGGUCAGGGGAAGGGGAGUGCGCCGGGCCAACGGGGACAUAAUCACGGCAGGCGGUGAGAUGCCUAACAACUCAAAGUCCGACCUGCUAAGCUUUCUCCUGGUGGCUCCAGUUGCUUCUACACUGUACCUCGACCACAUGGAGGCACGUUCCUUGACCUCUGCGCCCAUCAUUGGGCGCAAAACUCUUCUCGGUCGCCAGAGGCUGGGUGACGUGCUCACCGUAUGCGGGUCCUCCCACCUGGUCAGCAUCGCCGCCAGCAAUGUCAGGUUUAAUGUCAAGACACAGCAUCCUUCAUUCCCCCGCCUCUUUGCCGUCUGGAUUUCUAGUCUCUCCCUCUGGCACGUACAGCUGUCUCCAUGGGCCGAUGGCACCAUGCCCCUGUUCCUGUCGAUUUUCUCUUUCCUCUUUCAGGCAGGUCCAAUAUUGCUGCCGGCGAUACACAUGUCCAUAUUCUUGUCAGUGCCUCUCCGGAUACUGAGGAACAUUCUCUGUCGUUCUCAGCACGUCCUUUGGCAGGUUUCGGACAACACAAAUGGCUAA